AUGUAUUGUUCUCCAGGCACCAUGUCUUCUUUUCUCAAUCUCCGUAGAACACAAAAAAACGCAACAAGUCAGCCAGCAACUGAUGGCAAUGAGAAUGAAGGCAUCGAGAUUGCAGCAAGUAGGGUAGCGAUUGAAGCCAAUGAGAAUGAAGGCAAUGAGAAUGCAUUUGUAAACGAAGUCCAUGGAAAUGCUGUAAAUGAAGUCCAUGGAAAUGAAGCCAACAAAGUCCUUGAAGUAGAACCUCCAGGAAAAAACACAACUGCUGAAAACUCUGCUCCAAAGAAGACGGGCCGAGGUCCCACACUUUUGACUCAUGUUCAUAAACGAACAAUGAAUGAGCGACCUCCGAUCAUCCUAAAUUGUUAUGGGCAGCCAAUCGGUCCUACAAAAAAACAUGUCAGUGAAUAUAGUCUCUUCUUAGGGACGUUGGCUAGGAGCUCGGAGUAUUUACCGCUUAACUAUUGCGAUUGGCCAAGUGUACCACAGAAUGCAAAGGAUGAAGUCUGGGAUUAUGUGCAAAGGAAGUACUUGGUUUCACCUAAAGGAAAGGAUUGGGCAUUAGAAACUAUUGGUUGUCAGUGGAAAGGUUGGAAAUGUAGGAGUAAGGCAUUAUACUACUACCUAUAUGCAACUUACGAAGAAAGGUGGAAGCAUCGUCCAAAUACAAUUCCUGAAAGCCAAUUUAAACAACUCUUGCACUAUUGGGAUGAUGAGGGAACUCAAUUUGAAAGUGAAAGAAAUCGUUGCAAUCGACAAUUAGCGAGUGACAUGCACACCAUGGGGCCAACAUCAUAUGCAUACACUCGUGAACAACUGAAACAACAAGAUCCAAAAAAAGAAGAUCCGUCAAAAGCAAAGGUGUACAUCGAAUCAAGGAAAAGGAAGCCCGGGAAGUCAUACAAAAUAAGCUUUGAUGAAAUAGAAGCAAAUAUUGAAAAUGGUGAAGCAGCUGAUGACAAGGAGGUGGAAAAUGAUGAUGAAAUUGAGCCGUAAAAGAACAUAUUUAGAAUUUUGUGUGGCUUUUGGAAA